AUGGCUUACGGUUCGGUCGCCACGCUCAGUACUGUCGAGACAAGGACUGGCGGCAACGAACCUGCCGUGCCGUCAUCGAGACAGCACAAUAUACUUCAUGGCUAUGGCCAACUCGUUGGCGUCUCUAACGUCCCAUUGAUCAGUUCAGAGCGUCCAAAUGCUCCAGUUACGGCCAUGCCUCCUCCCGCUGUCAACGUUCCGCAGUCUUCGCGUUCAGUAACUACACCAGCCGACGAGUAUGCCAGACUCACUCGCAGGCAGAGACGCGACGCCAGAGAGAAGAAGCGAAUCCAGAAGGCUGCGCGUGCCGCCAGGGACGAGCUGUACAGGGCUCGACAGGUUGUCAAGGACGCGCAAGAAGUAGCUCGAGCUGCGAGGAGCUAUUCUUCAUCUCCGCGUACGGUCAAGGGCAAGAAGCCUAAGAGCAAAUCUGGGGGCUCCGUCCAUUCGGAUCCUAUGGAUGUGGACGAGACUUGGUCCUGGAUCAAGGAGAGCUCGUCAGCAGCCUCCCAGAAUGGCAGCGCGCGCGAUCGUCACUAA